AUGUCUCCUUCAACUUUCAAAAGCUCCUUCAGCAUCACACACAUUGGCACAGCAACAGCAAUCUUUGAGAUUGACAAUGUCAACCUUUUGACCGAUCCCUUCUUCUCGCCCGCAGGCACAACAUGGGAUAUGGGUGGUGGCGCCAUUCUGAAGAACACGGAAACUCCAGCUCUCGGCCUUGAAAACCUUCCCGUCAUCAAUGCCAUCCUCCUCAGUCAUGAAGACCAUCCCGAUAACUUGGAUGCUUUUGGCCGUCAGUUACUGAAUGGUCGUCAUGUCUUCACCACAGUUGAUGGUGGCAAGAACCUUGCUCCUCGCCCGGCUGUUCGUGGCAUGAAGCCAUGGGAAACCAUCUCUAUUGUUCUCGGAGGAAAGAAAUACGAUAUUACCGCCACACCCUGCCAGCACCUACCUGGAGGUGAAUGCACCGGUUUCAUUCUGACUACGGCGGAUUUUGGUGUGAGCCCUGAGGGCCGCCCUAAUGCGAUCUAUUUCACCGGAGACACUGUUUAUAUCGAUGAACUCGCGAAAAUUCCCGAGAUGUUUCAUGUUGUGGUUGCAGUCAUGAACUUAGGUUCUGCUCAUGCUCCUCUGCCCGAUGGCCCACUACAGAUCACGAUGGAUGGUAAGCAGGCGGCCCAUCUUUUCCGGACGAUCAAGGCGGAUUGCCUUGUGCCUAUGCAUUAUGAGUCUUGGGGUCACUUCACACAAUUUGGUCAGGAUCUGGUCAAUGUAUUCGGAGAAGAGGGUAUUGCUGAGAAGGUUCGCUGGCUUACUCCCGGUAAAUCGGUAAAGAUUCUGUGA